AUGGUGGAAGUGGUCGAUCUUGCCAGCGAUGACGAGUUUAGUGGUGUGAUGUCGUCGCUAGCAGUGCGCUGGUUGCCAUACGAACGAGAUAUCGUAGAAGAACUAUAUGAACAGGAUGGAGUGCUGGUGCUAGGUCGCGGGCUUGGUCUAUUGCGUGUACUGGCAAGCUUUGUGCGUCUCUAUUGCUCACCCCGUAGUCUCGUGCUGUGUCUGAACGUUAACGAACAAGCGGUGACAAUGCGACGUCUAGUGCUUUCACUUGGACUUGAUCGUCGUCUUUUGCCCCGUGUAGUGGACGCUCGAAAUAAUUUGAACGAGCGCCAGCAAAUGUACAAGCGAGGCGGAGUUUUUUUUGUGACAACGCGAAUUCUUGUUGUGGAUUUUUUGUCUAACCACCUUGACCCGAGUAGCAUCAGCGGAAUUCUAGUCAACCACGCACACCACGUGACGGAGACAUCAAUUGAGGCUUUUAUUAUUCGACUAUACCGUGAGCGCAAUCGAGAAGGCUUUAUCAAAGCGUUUUGCGAUGACAGCGUCGCGCUCUCAUCAGGAUUCAAUCGUGUGGAGCAGGUGCUCAAGCAUCUGUAUGUCCGGAAUGUAUAUUUGUAUCCUAGAUUUCACUUGGCCGUGAAUUCUUGCUUAAUGAAGCAUCAGCCAGAAGUGUACGAGAUUGAAGUCUCUCUCUCACCGUCUAUGAAGGUCAUGCAGGAAGCAUUGCUUGUAGCAUUGGAAGCUACAAUCAAGGAGUUGCAGCGCAGUACCAAGUCGCUAGAUGCUGCAGACCUUACGAUGGAUAAGGCUUUAGCUAAGUCCUUUAGUAACUUCAUUCGAAGACAGUUAGAUCCGUUGUGGCAUAAACUUCCUUUUAAAACAAAGCAACUUGUCGGAGACCUAUCGACGUUACGUCAACUACUGGCGUAUCUUCCACGAUAUGACGCCAUUUCGUAUUUCUCAUUCCUGAUGAGCUAUCAAACAAUGAAUAGCCAGCAGCGCUUUCCAUCGCCGUGGUUGUUCACGGAUGCAGCAGAUCGGCUGCUGACUGCAGCCAAAGAACGGUUGUACCAAAUUGUUGAUUACAAGACCAAAAAAGUUGUCAAUCCUCGUCGACUCACGUGUUCUAACAAAUCAGGUUCCGAAUCUGUUGAUAAUGCUGAACUAAAGCUUGUGCUGGAACAUAAUCCGAAAUGGGACGCGCUUCAUGAGAUUCUCGAUGAAGUGCAUGAGAAGCAACAAACAAUGCGAAAACAGAAUUUCGGUCAAGGGGCUGCUGGAGGGGCAAGUGUUCUCAUUAUGGUCAAGGAUGAGCGCACUUGCGCGCAAUUACGUGAAUUUUUGAGCUUAGGGGCUCAGGAAAUGAUGCGGCGGCGAUUUAGUCACUAUUUGCUGCAAAAAGAAACCACACUGAAGCAAAAAGAAGGUCUUUUGGCAACAGGAUUAGAGCAGCGGCUUUUGUUACAGGCUGCAGCGAAUUUACGAGUCGAUGAAUUGUAUACUAAAAACGAGACGUCAUCUGGUUCAAGUGCAAAGAACUCGCAAAAGCCUAUUAAAGUGAAGAAGCGUGAACGAGAGGAGUCUUCCUCAUUAAACUACAGUAACGUUCAUAUUCAUUCCACAGAGGUCUCAAGUUUUGGCUUAUCGACGACUGAACUAGAGGCCAUAUCCACAAAUGAAGAAAUAGUCGAGAAAGAGUGCAAGUCAAAAAUGUCUAAAAAUUGGCCACUGCGUACUGCAUCAGGUCGCGAUAUGCGACAAGUAGGCACGCCAAACCUACUGCUUGAGGUAGUGGAUCACUCCGAUACCGUCGUGUUGUGCACCUAUGAUCAAGCUGCAAAUCACGGGUAUGGCGCCUCUGCUUUUCUUGAAGAUAUGAUGCCUUCUUAUAUUAUCCUUUACGAUCCCGAUAUGGCAUUCAUUCGUGAAGUGGAGGUCUUUCAUGCAUCACACACUGACCCACUUGAAGUUUAUUUUGUAAUGUACGAUGAGAGUACAGAGCAGCAGUCGUAUUUGAGCGAGAUUCAACGUGAAAAACGCGCUUUUGACAAACUUAUACACCAGAAAGCGCAUUUGAUGAUGCCUACGAAUGUAUACGACUUGCCACUACACAUGAAGUUGCGACAACAAAAUGUAGAAUACAGUAUGGAUACUCGAACUGGUGGUCGAGCCAGGUCUCAUCGGGCUGGUAUCAAGGUUGUUGUGGAUGUUCGUGAGUUCCGUAGUGCAUUACCAUCUAUGCUUCACAAGGAAGGCCUCUUUGUGCUUCCAGUGACACUUGAGAUUGGGGAUUAUAUUCUGUCCCCAGAAAUUUGUGUCGAGCGCAAAAGCAUAAGCGAUCUCUUUGGCUCCUUAAACUCAGGGCGCUUGUUCAACCAGGCAGAAAGUAUGCGACGCUUUUAUAAAACACCCGUGCUUCUAAUCGAGUUUAGUCAAGGCAAGUCUUUUUCACUUCAGGAUGUGUCCGAGCUUGGUGCUGACAUCAAUGCUUCCAACAUCAUUUCUAAGCUUACACUGCUGAUUUUACACUUCCCGUCCUUGCGGAUUCUCUGGUCUCGCUCACCCCAUGCAACAGUGAACCUCUUUAAAAUUAUCAAAAGAUAUCAAGAGGAACCUGACAUUGAAGCUGCAGCUGCACUAGGCAACGGCUUGCCGAUGGACAACGAUGCUGCUCAAACCAAUAGCGGUGAUGGAGGGCUUGCAUCAAAGUACUACAAUACGAGUGCAAUUGAUGUGCUGAAAAAGUUACCAGGAAUUAACGAGCACAAUUUUCGAAAGGUAAUAGCAAGCGUCAGCAAUCUCGCUGAGCUCGGUCGCCUGUCAUUUGAUGAGCUCACGGAGCUGCUGGGUAAUGUUAAUGGGAAAAAGCUGCAUUCAUUUCUAAACAGCACUGCUUAA